UGGAUUUCGCCGUUAACUCCUCUCGGAGUCUCGGGCCCUUCGCUCCUCUUCCUCGCGAGUCGCUGGACGAGGUCGCCGCCGGCGACCCUCACCGCCGUCGCCGUCGGUCGCCGGCUCGUCGCCCCUGCUUCCUUCGCUCGCUGCCCGCCUCAUCCACGGGUCUCCUCCCCCUUGCCGAAUCCUAGGGAUUUCUCCGCGUCAGGAGGCCUCCUCCCCUUGCCCGAGACUAGGGUUUGCUCCGCGUCGAAUCCGCGCACCACCUGGACGCCGCCGCCGCGAUGCAGAGGUACGGGCUGCAGCUCCGCACGAAGCCGGCGGCGUCCUCGUCGUCGCGGGCGCCGCCGCCGCCGCCGGCCCGCCCCCUGGCGGCCUUCGCCGACGAUGGCGACGAUGACGUGGAGGCCGACAUCCUCCGGCAGUCGUACAAGAAGCGAUCCCAGCAGAAGGUGGAAGAGCAGCAGAAGAAGGCGAUGGAAGAGGAUCCCUCGGUGUUCGCCUACGACGAGGUUUAUGACGACAUGAAGCAGAAGGCCGCCCUCCCCAAGAUGCAGGACAGGGUAGUUCGCGAGUCAAAAUACAUUGCGGCACUUAAGGAGAAAGCCGAACAACGUAAACGAGAGCAGGACAUUAUUUAUGAGAGGAAGCUUCAAAAAGAGAGGAGUAAGGAAGACCACCUAUAUGGUGACAAAGACAAAUUUGUUACAUCUGCCUACAGGAAGAAACUUGAGGAGGAGCGGAAAUGGCUGGAGGAAGAGAAGCGGCGGCAGCUUCAAGAAGAAAAGGAAGAUGUUACUAAGAAGAAAGACUUGAGUGAUUUUUACUUUGGUCUUAGUAAGAAUGUUGCUUUCGGUGCACAGACACAUGACAAUACAAAACAUGCUAAACCUGAAAAGUUAGACGAGAAAGUUCAAGAUGCUAAAACUAGCAAGGUUGGUGCUGAAGUAUCCGAUCGCUCUCCUAAGCACAAAAGGGACUCCGGUGAAGGAGCAGAGACGGCCAAUGAAAGUAGAAGUGUGGAAGAACCUGCUACAACUCAAUCAAGGGAUUCAGCUGCUGCUAGAUCUACCGAGAAAAAUGCAGAUGUUUCCUUGGAUGCUCCUCAGACCCAGACACCAGAAAAUACCCAACCAGCUCCUCAGACCCAGAAUCCACAGAAUACUCAACCAGCACAGAUCACGGAUGAACACUAUAAGAGAAAUGCUGAUGCACUUGCUGCUGCCAGAGAAAGAGCUCUGGCGCGGAAGAAAGCCAAAGCGCAGCAGAUAUGAAGUACGAGGCAGAGAUACUCACCGAGUUUUUUCUUAUAGGCUAAGGUCAUCAUAUUCUUGUUUGAGGUUUCGGGAAGACUGUAAAAUGAUGGAUGGUUUCACCCUUCUAGCAUUUCCAGGAGAUAAUCCCCUUGGUUUGAUCUGCAUGAUGCUCUACCUUGCUUGAUCAAAAUAUAUGUGCAGGCAACCCUUCAACGUUAGAAUAUCUCGUUCGGCUUUUCUGAACAUUUGUUCUGCUGUAAGAUGGGAAAUAACUUAGCACAGUGAACUGAAGGUUGUAUGCAUAUGUUCUCAUUCAUGUAUACCGUUGUACUUUUGUAACUUGAGUGAUUGAACGCGAUAUGAUUUCUGCAAUGGCACAAAUUACUACUACUAGUUACACUCCA